AUUCUUAUCUUCCUUGCUUUUGAGCUUUGUAUUGACCCAGUACUAGUAGUAUAUUUACGCCUGUUGGUAAAGGUACUGCAGUUGUAAGACACGAUAGCAUUAAGCAUGGGGAACAAGCUGAGUCCAUGUUAUGCUGGUGAUGACGUCAUAGUAACUGCCAGCUACAAAAAGAGUAGGAACCUGAACUGCCAAGGCGCCUCUAAUUUCCUCGAUCCACCACAAGACCCACCCACGUUUACUCCUGUAGUAGUACCGCUCCUUGUCACACAUAUGUAUCCUACUAUCCAAUACUUGUAUGCCAUGCGCCGAAGUUGGUGCUUCCUAAGUCGGCUGACCGUGAUCUGGGCGACCCGUCUUCUGAUGGCAGCAUGCGUCUUCAAGCCCAAAUCUCCUAUCGUGUUCUAAGCCCAGACAAGGGGAGUAUUCGUUGGGGGACACUUUAAGCCGUUGGGGUGAAGGAAGGCAUCAUGGAACAUCAGGGCCUAGUAGGAGUCCAACGCGAGAGGGGGUUGAGUCUACUGAGAACUCUAUCUUCUCCGGAUGCUUCCAUGCCUGGGCUCGCACAUCUCGACCGUCCCCGCCGCCCGAUGAUGAGUGCGGGCAUCAUUACCGACUGUGGUCCUCUUUGCUUGUCAGUUAUCCGUUAUGGCACUGCCUCCGAUCACAGUAGGAGCCAUGGAACUGCAACCACAUCCAGGAAGUGUCACCCUAUCCUGAUUCCUUGCCAUGUGAGUUAUCGGUGGAUAAAUGAGUAG